UAUUAACCCACCAUCCAUUCACCUCCUAGGCUGCUCACUUCUAGUCUCACUAUUUUUUUCCUAAAAAUCUCCGCUAGAGGAGGCGGAUAGUAAAGGCCCUCUAACUAUUGACAUUUGACAGAGACGAGGAGGAGAGAACAACAACUACAACCAAAAUCCUCUCGCCUUCUCCAUUUCUCUGCUUUAAUCGAUCAAUUAAUCAUGCCAUCAGGUCCUAAGAAGCGAAAAGCUGCCAAAAAGAAGAAGUUCAAAGACUCCAACAACUCAAAUUCUUCAUCAACUCACUCUCAUCAUGGUGAGAGUAAUGGUGGGGAACUUAACUCUCCCAAGGCACAAGAUCAUCAUCACAACAAUCAGCUUCCAUUUCUUGAGGUGGAGAAACAUGAAGAGGAUUUGUCUCAUAAUGGAUCUUUAAAGGUCAGGAUCUUUGAAAAGGCUGCAAAUGAGGAAGAGGGUAAAAUCGGAAUAAUUGAUAAAAGAUCAAAGAUUGGUUGUGUAAAUGAAUCCGAGACAUUGCAAUACUCUAAUAAACAGCCUUUGAUAGCUAUGCAAACAACUUCCUGGAAGGGAUGCUGUGGAAUACUUGAUUUAUUGUCAAGCUCUGAUCGAUAAUAUUAUUAUCUUUUAUUGCAAAUUGGUUUAGCUUAUUGAUUUUUGUAUCUCAUUUUCUGUAAUCAUAAAAAAAGGGAACGAAAAAAGGUGUGUUUAACUAGCAUAUUUUUUUCGCCUAUUAACCUUUUUUUUUUGUCGGAUUAUUGGUAUCCAGAACUUUGGUUUCUUUUACUA